AAAGAAUGUGUCAUCGUAAGAAAGAGAAAGGAAGAAAGAGAACGGAAAACCUAUUUUUAUGCAAGAUAAUUAGCAAAUAUAUAUUUUCUUUGUAUUAGACACUUAAUAGCCAUGACAUGAUAUGCGGUGGAGGAGUCUUUAUCCAGCUAUAUAUGUGGCCAUCAUUAUUAGAAAACUAGGGCAUAGAACUAGGGAAGGAGGACCAUUGCCAACAACCGGUAAAAGAAAACAGAGGAAUAAGUAAGAAGGUGAGAUGCGAGAGAAAUACAUUGCAUUGUUGUUGCUGCUUUGCCAUGUAGUCGCUGCAUCUGUUCAAGCAGAGACCUUUGAAGAAAAACGCAGAGGCUGCUACAAUUAUUGCAUUCAAGCUUGCAUUUACCCUCAAACUUUCUGCAAGUGGUGGUGUAAUGGCCGCUGCAAAAACCCAACAUUAUGUGACAGCUUAGCAAAAGAUAAUGGAUCAAAUUCAACAGAAUAUCCUGUACCAACAGAAGAAAACUACCAGAAUUAUCUUUCCACCCCACCCCCAUCCCCACCAUCUAAUAAGAAUGAGGUGCAUCCUAAAUUGAUAGCAGUGGACGAGCCAAACAAUGAUUUGUAGAAUGCAAUCGAGCCCAUUCGAAUCCAUAGAUGGUGUUUUGCAAUUGCAUAUGUAGCUUAAAAGGUUCUGUCAUCAAAUAGAUGUAUAUAUUUAUAAUGAAAUUCACAUUAGCAUUGAUUGUAUUGUCAAAACAUUUUUAUUUAUACAAGUUUCUGUUUCUGGCUU